AUGGAGCAUUCUAUGCUCCAAUUGUUGCAGAAAUGCAAAACGAUCAAACAAUUGAAACAAACCCAUCUUCAGAUUAUCGUCAAUGGCCUCAAAGAUGACAACUUUAUUGUACCCAAACUCAUAAGUCGAUCCUCAGACCUUUCACUUGACUAUGCUGUUGCAACUUUUGAAAGUAUGAAUAAUCCCAGUGUUAUAUCUUAUAAUACUUUGAUUCAAUGCUUCAUUGGUAAGACUAGUAAUGAUGCAUUAUUGACUUAUAAAAAGAUGAGGGCCUCAAUGAUUUCGCCUAACAGUUUCACAUUCACUUUUCUUUUGAGAUGUUUUGAGUCUUUUGAGGCGUUGGGAGAUGGUGAAAUGGUGCAUAAUCAGAUUGUGAAGUUGGGAUUUGAGUCAAGUGUUUUUGUUAUGAAUACGCUUAUGGAUUUUUAUGGAAACUGUUGUGGGGAUUUGGGUGUGGCUCGAAAGGUGUUUGACUAUAUGCCUAAAAGAGAUGUUGUCUCGUGGAAUACGUUGAUUGGACGGUGUAUGAGCCGUGGAGAGAUAGAAUCUGCAAUUGGGCUGUUUGAGUCCAUGCCGGAAAGGAGUAUUGUGACAUGGAAUUCGGUUAUCAGUGGGCUUUUGAGAGCUCGAAAAUUGAAGUUAGCUCAGUCUGUAUUUCAACGUAUGCCAGAAAGAAAUGAUGUUUCUUGGAAUACAAUGUUGUCUGGUUAUGUAAAGGUUGGUGAUAUGGAAACUGCACAGGCGAUCUUUAAUAAGAUGCCGGAAAGAAGUGUAGUCUCUUGGACAGCAAUGGUUUCAGGGUAUGCAACGGUUGGUGACCUUCCAUCAGCAAGGAAGAUUUUUGGUGAGAUGCCAGCAAAAAAUGUGGUUUCUUGGAAUGCAAUGAUUGCAGGUUAUGUUAACGGUCACUUGUUUGAUCAAGCACUUUCUGUGUUUCAUCAUAUGUUAAUUGAUGGCAGAUGCAAGCCUGAUCAAACUACUUUAGUUAGUGUCCUGUCGGCUUGUGCUCACUUGGGAUCUCAUGACCAUGGAAAAUGGGUUGACUCCUAUGCUAGGAAAAAUAAAUUUGAACUGUCACUUCCACUGGGUAAUGCUUUGAUAGACAUGUAUGCGAAAUGUGGGGAUGUAGAAAAUGGAAGAGCAGUUUUUCAAAAGAUGAAAAAGAGAUGUAUUAUUACUUGGACUUCAAUAAUAUCAGGAUUGGCAGUCAAUGGAUAUUGUACUGAAGCCUUGGACCUAUACGAUGAAAUGUGCUCAGAAGGACUAAAACCAGAUGAUGUGAUUUUUAUUGCAGUUCUUUCAGCUUGUACACAUGGAGGACUGGUGAAAGAAGGUAAAAGGGUUUAUGAUCAGAUGGUGCACGACUUUGAUAUUACACCACGAAUUGAGCAUUAUGGCUGCAUGGUUGAUCUCCUUGGUCGAGCAGGAAAGUUGGAAGAGGCAUUAAGGAUCAUAGAGAGCAUGCAUUUACAACCUAAUGCUGUCAUUUGGGCUACUUUACUUUCUGCUUUUAAGAUCCAUGGUAAUGGAAAGUUGUUGGAGUCACUGACAAGAAAGAUCUUCGAGCAAGAGCCAAUGAAUCCUGGUUACUUAACAUUGAUUACAAAUUUAAGCUUGCAUGUUGGAAGAUGGCAAGAUGCAUUGGACGUCCAUGUAGCAAGUAGGCAACAGGGAACAGAAAAGGUACCUGGUUGUAGCUCAAUCCAAAUAGGAAACAGUGUGCAUGAAUUUUUAGCUAAGGAUACAAGGCAUACACAAAGGAAAGAGGUCUAUAGGUCUUUAGCUAGCCUGAAUGGACACUUAAAGUCAGUUUAUGACAUGCAGGGACUCCUGGCCCUUGCAUUGACUACCAAUGCUUCUUCUCAGAGUCAGACGUGCAAGAACUCUGGUUAAUGCAUAGUUAUGUAUAAGCUUCGACUUUUUCUAGAUCUGAUAUCCGAGAGGAAAGCUAUGCUGUCACAGAUGGACAACAUACUUGUAUGGAUACUGCUCUGGCUCUCAGCUAUCACGGAUAGAAUGAGGAGUUCAUCCUUUGGCUUUUCAACAGUAAUGCUGAUUCUGCAACUUCUUCCAUUAUCGCUGCUCAACUCAUUGCCGGCUCUGGAAUUCGAAAAAAAAAAGAGGUAGGACCACUCUUUUUUGCUGUAACUAAAUGGGCUUCCAUCAUAAAGUGUUUCUUGAUCACUAAUGCUCUUUCAAUGCGUGAUGCUCAUCAAUGGAAGUCAUCUAAAAGUAUUUUUCAUGGCAAAAAAUUAGUGACAGCAGAUACUUUUAUUCUUUUUAAAAAACAGCUACUGGUUUCA